AAAUGCAAAUAGCUUCCAAGUUAUAUUAUACACAAAGUGCUUACACUAUAAAUGUGUUUUUUUUAAUCUACAGUAGAAUUGGGUAAAUUAUUGUUAAUAAAAUGUAUGUAUUUGUAAUGUUAAUGUGGACACAGGAGAACACAUGUAAUUGCAUUCUGGAAUAAUUAGUCUACUACAGCUGUGUAGCGCUCCUCUAAGGGAUGCUGCAAUCUUUUACAAAUGCUGCAUUGUGAAGGUGCUCAACAUGUUAACCACGACAGAGAGACUGGGCAUUGCAGUCUGCAGAUGUGAAGGUGAGGGAAUAAAGGAAAGGGGGAAUGCCAGAGAGAAGAAACAUGGGCAUGCAGGAAAGAAGAGUGUAGAAAGGACUGUCCGUCUUCAAUCCAGUUACAAAGCCCACCAAAAUGCUCCAGUAAUAUGUGCUCAUAAGACGUUUGACGCCACAUGUGCCCAAUGCACAUAUUCACAGUCCAGAACCAGUUAUGAUGCAUAUGAGGGCCAAAGUCCUUGUCACAAUGAACACUACAAUUAUUGUAAAAUACCCCACCUCAAGCUCUUCCAUACUGUGGUCCUAAAAACUUCAAAUUAGUAUUUCCCUGGAUGAAUAUGCCUCUACCUCAUUGCCUGUCCCCUGGUAGACAAAAAAAGAGAGUGAAGAAUGGAGGAAAAGAAUAUAGAGAGGAAAGGCGACUUAGAGCAAGAACUGCAUUCUGUUUUGACUGAUUUGUACAGUGCUGGAUUGUAUUGUUUGUUGUUGUUUGCAGUGGGGUACCAAUAUUCAGUAUUAUCUCUUUUUUUCCUGUUUUUGGUUCUUGUGUCCCUGUGAAGUCUUUCAAAUGUUAAAUGCUGUGCCAGUAAGUCAUUUUUCAUGUGGUUUUAUUUUUCUGUCUAGAACCAUGCCUCCAGUGCCUCUAGAAGAUCGCUCAGCCCCCCUGCCUCGGCCUAGGUCCCUUCCUCUACGUACCAUCCCUCACCCUUGUUUGGCACCUGAGGUCAGGGGUCUACAACCAGGCCAUCGGGCACCUUCUCAUGCGGACCUAACACUCCCUUGUCCUCUUUCCAAUCUUCAACAAGCCCGUUGGCCCAGGGAACCUUGUUCCCGCCGCAGAGGUUCUCCUCCAUCUCCCUCACCAAAAUCCUCUUCCUGUUUUCACUGGGCUCUUCAUCCCCUCAAAUGCGGUUGCCGCGGUUGCUGGCGUCUCCUGAGACCCCCCCGAAAGUCUGUUGGCUCAUCCUGUAGCUGUGAUCCAAUUGUUACUUUUGAUCCACAGUUCAUGGGAGUCUCAAUGGUCAGCUAUGAUGAAGAUGAUGAUUAUAGUGUCCGAGCCAUUUGGCCUGAUGAGUUGGCACGAAAAAUUAUGUCACGCACCAGAGAUGGGACACUUGGGGGUGUACCACUUCUAUUGGACUGCAGGGGAUUAAUGGAUGCUGAGAUAGAGGAACCUUUACCGCCUCCUUCUCCACUUUCACAAACAUCUCCUCCAUCAUCAUUAGUGGGGGGGCCUGGCCGGCGACUGCAAAGUUUGUAUUUGUUGUUGGAGCCCUUGAAAGAUAAAGAAGGCACAGGAUCAGGUAGAGCUUUAGUUGAACCGCCUGUUGAUGAGGGCAUUGUGCAGCCUGAAGUGUCACUAGUGCCACCGCUGUCUCCUGAUAUAGAGAGAGCUGAAUUGAGCCUCAUCUUGCCUUUUCUUUUCCUGGGUAAUGAGAAGGAUGCCCAGGACCUGGGACGCAUGGUCACCCUCAACAUUGGACAUGUCCUAAAUGUCACUACACACCUACCACUGUACCAUGCAGAGUCUGGGGCGCUGCGGUAUAAGAGAUUACCAGCAACAGAUAACAGUAAGCAGGACCUCCGGCAGUACUUUGAAGAGGCCUUUGAGUUUAUCGAAGAAGCUCAGCAGAAAGGCAAGGGAGUGCUAAUUCACUGCCAGGCUGGGGUCUCUCGGUCUGCCACUGUUGUUAUUGCAUACCUGAUGAAGCACACUCUGAUGACUGUUGGAGAUGCCUAUAAAUUUGUGAAGGGGAAGCGUCCAAUUAUAUCUCCCAACCUGAACUUCAUGGGGCAGCUCAUGGAAUUUGAAUCAGACCUUAAUUCUGGAACCACCCCAAGGAUUCUAAUCCCCAGGCUGAGGGGUGUGGAGUCAGAUGUGUAACAAGAUAGAAUAGUAGGAAAGAGGCAAUAGAGAGAACAUAUGUAAAAAGCAAUGAACUGGUGGAAUGAGCAAAUAAUGGGCAGAGUUGGGUAAACUAAUGGAAGAGAAGAGCCAUAAUCAAUUUUGUAAAUUUAAAAAACCGCACAAGUAAAGAACACAAUACUUCAAAAUGUUCUCAGACCUAAGAAUAACAUCCCCAGUCUUCACAAGAUACAGAGCUCCAAA